AUGUUAAGACAAAUUAGCAAAGUUAUUCAGCACGGUGCUAGAUACAGCACAGCUGCACCGGCACCGCAAACAAAUCCAGAAAUUUUAUACACCGGGAUAUUCAUAAAUAAUGAGUGGGUGAAGUCUGCUGAUGGCAAGACUUUCAAGACAGAAAACCCAUCCACAGGAGAGGUAAUUGCUGAAGUCCAGCAAGCUGGGCAAGUGGAUGUGAACAAUGCUGUCAAAGCUGCAAAGGAUGCUUUCAAGCUUGGUUCCCCAUGGAGGACGAUGGAUGCGUCGGAGCGUGGUUACCUGAUCAACAAACUUGCCGACCUGAUUGAGAGAGACAGGACCUAUUUAGCGAGUCUGGAAACUCUGGACAAUGGGAAACCCUAUUCGGCCUCAUACUAUGCCGACGUGCCAGCUUCUAUCAAAAAUUUCCGGUACUACGCCGGCUGGGCUGAUAAGAAUCAUGGAAAGGUACUCCCCGCUGAUGGAAAAUACGUCGCAUAUACUCGCCACGAACCCGUCGGAGUAUGCGGUCAGAUUAUACCAUGGAACUUCCCCCUGCUCAUGGCGGCGUGGAAGCUAGGACCCGCACUAGCCACCGGCUGCACGGUCGUCAUGAAGCCCGCUGAACAGACACCGCUCACUGCCCUCUACAUUGCUCAACUUGUCAAGGAAGCUGGGUUCCCUCCUGGUGUGGUGAAUAUGCUGCCAGGCUUUGGUGACACGGGCGCUGCUAUUGUCCAGCAUCCUGAUGUCAACAAAAUCGCUUUCACUGGAUCAACGGAAGUCGGCAAGUUGAUUCAACGCGAAGUGUCUGGUACACUUAAGCGAGUCACGCUAGAGCUGGGCGGCAAGUCGCCCAACAUCAUCUUCGGUGAUGUGGACCUGGAGAAGGCAGUUGAGGCCGCGCACUUCGCGCUCUUCUUUAACAUGGGACAGUGCUGUUGUGCUGGAUCCCGGACUUACGUGCACGAGUCUAUAUACGACAAGUUUGUGGAACUGUCGGUGGCUCGCGCCAAGCGACGAGUCGUUGGGGACCCCUUCAAGCCUGAAACAGAACAGGGACCACAGGUCGACAGCGAACAGCAAAAGAAGAUUUUAGAGCUGAUCGAGAGCGGCAAGCGCCAGGGCGCCGCGCUCCUCGCGGGAGGGGGGGCCCUCGGCGACCGCGGGUACUUCGUGCAGCCCACCGUCUUCGGAAACGUUCAGGAUGAUAUGGACAUCGCUAAGUACGAGAUAUUCGGGCCAGUGCAGCAAAUCAUGAAGUUUUCGACGAUCGACGAAGUAGUGGAGAGAGCCAACAACACCGACUACGGCCUCGCCGCCGCCGUCUUCACCAAGGACUUGGACCGAGCUAACGACAUGAUCCAGAGACUGCGCGCCGGAACGGUGUGGGUGAACGAUUACAACGUGUUCGCUCCGCAGGUUCCCUUCGGCGGCUACAAGCAGUCCGGCGUGGGGCGAGAGAACGGACCCUACGGCAUCAAGAACUACACCGAAGUGAAGGCCGUCUAUAUCAAAGUGAAUGAGAAAAACUCGUAA